GUUUGCAGUGAGAGUAAAAGGAAGUGGUUCAGACAUAGUGUUUAAAGCAGUAGUAGACACACAAUAAGGGCUGUAAUGUUUUGUUUUCUUGUGGAGAGGGUACAUGGUGUGUGUGUGCUGUAGGGUGUUGCUUAUGAAUAUGCUAUGAUCACAAAUGUGUGUGUCUGGAAAUAAGUAUUGAUGAACUUGGAGUCUGUAUGAUCUGUGUGUUUCUGAGAAGAUAUGUACGUCUGAGGCUGUGUUACAAGUCUUGUGUGGCUCAGUACAGGUUUGUGGCAUGUCUUUCUGUUUCUGUGAGGGGAGUUUCUCUCUCACCUGUAGUCUUUGCUUCCAUGUUACCCUAUCUCUUCUCUCUCUUCUCUUCUUGAAACCCCGUCAGCUUGGCUGGGGGUGAGAGUGGCUCUCUCCCCUCCACAUUUACCCCCCCCCCACCUGAACCAAUCUGGGAUGCUGGGCCCUUUCAGACAUACUGGUCCCUCCCUCCCUGGGGCUGGGACAUCCCGAGGUGAAGAUCUCAGUAAGGUUAAGUGAAUAGGAGUUGCUUUGGGACAGGCCUAUUGUCACAGCUUGCCCCACACCUCAACACACAUAGAAGAAUGAUUUUGGUGAAGAGUGAGACGAGCCAGGAUGUAGUUUGGGACUCUCAGGUGACUGAACCAGCAACCAGACCUAUUAGCUCCAGGAAGGAAAGCUUCCUGGAAGAGGUGAGUGUUCAGAUAAAAAGAGCAGGACUUGACACCAUGGGGAAAACGGGAUGGGAGCAGCGAUCUUUAGGGCCCCAGUGGAGGACCCUGACUGGCCCUAGGCUGGCCCCACCUUACAACAAACACUCUGUCUUAGGAAACCAGCAUUCUCCCCAGGCAGUUCCUCUGUGAGUUGAGUUGAGUGUUGCAACAGUGGAGUUUUUCGGCAGGGGGUGGGGCAGGAGAUGAGGUGGGGUGACGACCCCUUGCUCAAUGACCUUCCUGUGGAGUUUCUCAAAGGAUAUAGCUGCUGGGAAAAGUUUGACUUGUUCCAAGCUCUUCAAGAGACUAUGGUGGUCCCAGCUUCUGACCAGGACCUCUCCCUAAUCCUGGUCUGCAGGGUUCCUGCACCUUCCAAGGAUCAUGCAUCAGUCCUACUGACCCAGGAAUAGGGGCCUGUGGGCCGGGCACCUGGAAUGGGCUGUGUGUUCUGCAAGAAGUUGGAGCCUGCAUCCAAGGAGGAUGCUGACCUGGAAGGGGGCUUCAGGAGUCAAGCGCCUGAAGAACGAUAUUAUCCUGACCCGACUAAAGGUCAAGGCCGGUCACAGACCUUCUCUCCUCAGCCUACCAGCCCAGCUUUCCUUAGUGCUGGCACCAUGAGGAGCAUCUCAGGGACUGGAGUGACCAUGUUCAUCGCCCUGUAUGACUAUGAGGCCAGGACAAGGGAAGACUUAUCCUUCACCAAAGGCGAGAAGUUCCACAUCCUGAACAAUUCUGAAGGUGACUGGUGGGAGGCUCGGUCCCUGAGCUCCGGACACACUGGCUACAUUCCCAGCAACUAUGUGGCUCCUGUGGAUUCCAUCCAGGCUGAAGAGUGGUACUUUGGGAAGAUCAGUAGGAAGGAUGCGGAGAGGCAGCUUCUCUCAGCUGGCAACCCUCAGGGGGCCUUUCUCAUUCGGGAGAGUGAAACAACCAAAGGUGCCUACUCCCUGUCCAUCCGGGACUGGGACCAGAACAGAGGCGACCAUAUAAAGCAUUAUAAGAUCCGAAAGCUGGAUACGGGCGGCUACUACAUCACCACACGGGCCCAAUUCGAAUCCGUGCAGGACCUGGUGCGGCACUACAUGGAAGUGAAUGACGGCCUGUGCUACUUGCUCACGGCGCCCUGUACCACCAUGAAGCCCCAGACGCUGGGCCUGGCCAAGGAUGCCUGGGAGAUCAACCGUAGCUCCAUAGCGCUUGAACGCAGGCUGGGCACCGGCUGCUUUGGAGAAGUGUGGCUGGGCACGUGGAACUGCAGCACGAAGGUGGCGGUGAAGACGCUGAAGCCGGGCACCAUGUCCCCGAAGGCCUUCCUGGAGGAGGCGCAGAUCAUGAAGCUGCUGAGGCAUGACAAGCUGGUGCAGCUGUACGCGGUGGUGUCGGAGGAACCCAUUUAUAUUGUGACAGAGUUUAUGUGCCACGGUAGCUUGCUGGAUUUCCUAAAGGAUCGAGGACGCCAGAACUUGAGGCUGCCCCAUCUAGUGGACAUGGCCGCCCAGGUAGCCGAGGGCAUGGCCUACAUGGAGCGCAUGAACUACAUCCACCGAGACUUGAGAGCCGCCAACAUCCUGGUGGGGGAACAGCUAAUAUGCAAGAUCGCGGACUUCGGGCUGGCACGCCUCAUAGAGGAUAAUGAGUACAACCCCCGCCAAGGCACCAAGUUCCCCAUCAAGUGGACAGCCCCAGAGGCCGCCCUUUUUGGCAAAUUCACUGUCAAGUCAGAUGUGUGGUCCUUUGGGAUUCUGCUCACUGAACUGAUCACCAAGGGCCGAGUUCCUUACCCAGGCAUGAACAACCGAGAAGUGUUGGAACAGGUGGAGCAUGGCUACCACAUGCCAUGCCCCCCGGGCUGCCCAGCGUCCCUGUAUGAAGUCAUGGAGCAGACCUGGCGUCUGGAUCCAGAGGAGAGGCCCACCUUUGAGUACCUGCAGUCUUUCCUGGAAGACUAUUUUACCUCCACAGAGCCACAGUACCAGCCUGGAGACCAGACAUAGCCCUGCUGGGACUCAGUGACCUUCUGGGAGUAUCUGCUUGCCCUUGCCAACUCCCAGGGCUCUCUGGUUCCAGUGCCCCCAGACUUGGAACCCUAUGAAUUCGAGAAGGCCAGGAGCUCCGAAGUCAUUUUAUAGAUGGUGCAAAUGGAAGCUAAGAUCUUGUCUCUUUUUUGUGGGGGAGGGGGAUUUUGAGGCAUGGUUUCUCUGUGGCUUUGGAGGCUGUCCUGGAACUAGCUCUUGUAGACCAGGCUGGUCUUGAACUCAUAGAGAUCCACCUGCCUUUGCCUCCUGAGUGCUGGGAUUAAAGGUGUGCACCACCAACGCCCAGCAGGAUCUCAUCUCUUACCUUCUCUGACCCCAAGCACUCUCUUUUCCCUUCCAAAAAUCUAGGGCACCCACUCAUGUUUCCGAUGGGGUAAAUGGAUGCUCAGAAUUCAUCUCUCACACACUCUGACCCCAGGCACCAUUUUUCCUGUCCCACUAGGCUCCUUCGCGCUGUUAGCGUCUUUCUUCCACCUCCUAAAAACACUUUGUCUAGUUAUUUAUAAAGUUGUAUUUCCCUUCCUUCACUUAUCUCUUAUUCCUGCUCUCCUACCUCCUGUCCACCUGCUCCAGUCCAGGCCCUGAGAAUUCAAUUACUGUUCUCGGUUCUCUUGGGUUUCUCCAAGUCACAAUGGCAGGGAACGUUUUUGCUUGAUUCGCUUCCUGCAGAUUGGAUGCUCUGGUCCAGGCCCAGGGCUGAGGGAGAGAGCUGUUGAAGGCUCACCGCCCCUCUGAUUAAUGUGUAUGUGCUAUUCAUUAUGUAAGUAAGAACAAUGAUGCUGUGAACAUUGA